AUGAAAUUCGUGGCCGACUAUUACGACCGCUUGGAUCUCUUCAAUGAACGCAAUAAAAUUAACAAAAAAGCCGAACGUUUGGUGUAUUUAGCGACCGAUGACUCCUCGUUGUGGACCAAAGAAGUGAAAGAGUUUGAAGACAAGGGCUAUGUAUUCAUUGGCGACUCACAGAUCUCGCAAACAGCGAGUAUUGGUCGCCGGUAUUCAAUUGAUUCGUUACGAAAUAUAAUACUAGACAUAUGGCUGUUAAGCGAAUCAGAUUUUCUGGUUUGCACUUUCAGUUCGCAAGUGUGUCGUCUGGCGUACGAACUCAUGCAAAACAGAACUGAUCUCAAAACAGACAAAUCCAACGCUUUCUAUUCGUUGGACGACAUCUAUUACUUCGGAGGUCAGAGCGAUCACAACCAGAUCGCGGUCUUAAGUCACAAACCAAACAAUAAACAAGAGAUUGAUCUUAGAAUUGGAGACAUAAUCGGAACGGCUGGAAACCACUGGAACGGUUUCAGCAAAGGUUUAAAUCGAGAUACAAAACAAAGCGGUUUAUAUCCAGGCUUUAAGACCAUCGAGAAGAUAGAAACCGCAAACUUCAAGCUCUUUGAACCCAAUUAACGAGAUUUUAGUUUUUGUUUUUUUAAAUUUUGUUGUUAACAUUUAAAUUAUAAUAAAAAAUCAUCCAAAAAGGUA